CCCCCCAGCUCAGCUCCCUACCCCUCCUUGAGGCUGUGUGGAGGGGUGCUGGGCAGGGGCCUCGCAGAAGAGUCCUUCCUGCAGCCCCAGGAGCUCGGGGACAUGACAUCUGUCCCCCUCCCAGGUGACCGGCUCUUGCAGGUGGAUGGAGUGAGUCUGUGUGGCCUCACCCACAAGCAGGCCGUGCAGUGCCUCAAGGGCUCUGGGCAGGUUGCAAGACUGGUCUUAGAGAGAAGAGGCCCCAGGACUGCACAGCAGUGUCCUUCUGCUAAUGACAGGAUGGGAGAUGAAUGCACGGCUGUUUCCUUGGCAACAGUCUUGCCUGGAAGGCCUGCGAGCAGUGUCUCAGCGACAUAUGGUCCCAGGUUUGAAGUCAAGCUAAGAAAGAACGCCAGUGGUUUGGGAUUCAGUUUCGUGCAGAUGGAGAGUGAACGCUGCGGCCAUCUCAAGAACGAUCUUGUGAGGAUUAAGCGGCUCUUCCCGGGGCAGCCGGCAGAGGAGAAUGGGGCCAUCGCAGCUGGUGACAUUAUCCUGGCUGUGAACGGAAGGCCCACAGAAGGCCUCGACUUCCAGGAGGUGCUGCAUUUACUGCGAGGAGCCUCGCAGGAAGUCACGCUCCUGCUCUGCCGACCCCUGCCAGGUGUGCUGCCUGAGAUGGAUCAGGGCUGGCAGACACCUGUGCUCUCAGCAGACAAAGAAUUCACCAGGGCAACAGGCACUGACUCAGAGCAGAGCCCCAGCCUAGAUCAAGAGGACAGCCAGAGGGACAGUGCCUCCGCAGAUGCAGGGGAAGGCCUGGGUCUCAGGCCAGAGUCUUUCCAACAGGCCACCGGAGAGGCACAAUGGGACCAAGACACAGAGAGACCCUGGGCCACUUCCUUGACUCGUCCUCGGGAUUCCUACCCUCAUUUAUUCAGACUUCACCAAGAAAUGGAUGCAUCAACAUUGGCUACCUCUUUGGAAAACAAUAUGAAGCAAAACUGCUAUUCAGUUUGUGAUAUCAGGAGACUUGAAAGAUUCUCCUACUCAUCUUCUCUAACCAGACUCUCGACAGAUAUUUUCUGAGUACCCUGUCUGCAUGUUGGAAGCACUGUGCCCAAUGCUCUGUCAUCUUCACGGACUGCUCUUUCUAAUCAAAAACGUGUGUAGUGACUUUCGGCAGCCCCUCGAAGGCUUAUUCUCUCCCUGUUGCUUCUGC